CCCUGAAGGCAGCACGAGGUUUGACAGCAACCCAGCCAAACAUGGCGGCUGCUAGCUAAAGCAACCAGUCAACACCUUCGUCUUUUAGUAUUAUUGGCAGCUGUCAGGAAAUAACCAAGGCUGGUGGUUUGUGCGCCUCUGUAGACACACGACAGGAGUGAUCUGACACAACAACAGUGGACUGAAGGCGGACUGUUACUGCUUGGUUUCGUCUUUACCUCUCUGCCGAUAUGUUUCACAGGUAAUCUCAGGCCCCUUACCCACCCCCCGCUGUUGAUGUCGUCCCCAUCAGCGAAGCCCCCCUCCACCUCCCUCUCCCCUGGGUCUCAUGUGCGGCCCUCGGCUGACCUGGACUCCUUGUCCAUGUCUUCCCUCCUGUCUGGGGAUCUAGAUGAUGAAGGUGAUGGAGGAAGAGAAGGAGGGGAGGAGGAAGGGCUGGGAGACCUGGAAGUAAACCCUUAUGAUGGUUUGCCCUUUUCUUCACGCUACUACGCCAUGCUGGAAGAGAGGCGUCAGUUUCCUAUAUGGAGGCUCAGGCAGAGUCUACUGGAGCACCUGGAGAGCCACAACAUGCUGCUGCUCAGUGCACCAAGUGGAGCUGGAAAAAGCACCCAGGUGCCACAGUGGUGUGUGGAGUAUGCUUUGUCCUAUGAAUUUUCCCAGGGCCUGGUGUGUUGUUCCCAGCCUCAUUCGGUGACAGCGGUGAGUCUGGCCCUUCGCGUGGCUGAUGAGAUGGACCUCAGCCUGGGUCUGGAGGUGGGCUACAGGGUGUCUCAUGAUGACAGCUGUACACCCGACACCCUGCUCAGGUUUGUCAGUGACACUCUCCUGCUAGAGGAAAUGAUGUCAGACCCUCUACUGCAUCAGUAUGGUGUUGUGGUGUUGGACGAGCUCCAGGAGCGUACCGUGCCCACUGACGUGCUGCUGGGCCUGCUCUGUGACGUCUGCCGGCAGAGGCCAGACAACUUCCGGGUGGUUCUCCUCUCUCACCCAACACUGGCACCUCGCCUCUCUGCCUUCCUGGGACCAACAGUCCCUCACCUCUCCCUGGACAGCGUGCUCACCGACCCCCCUACCAGAGACCAGAAAGAGGGGAGUGAGUUAGAGGAGGACAGGACGGCUGUUGAGUUCAACAGGGUGGAGACGGUGUACAGGGAGCUUUCACCUGGGAAGGAACCGGCGGCGGCUGCCUGUCACAUGGUGCUUGAUCUGCACAGAAGGGGAGAGGAAGGAGAUGUGAUGGUCUUUUUGGCCAGUGCACAGGAAACAGAAGAGUGUGUGGCCUUGCUGGAGAAGGAGUGUGUAGCUCUGAGUCCUCAGCUUGGUCCUCUCAGGAUCCUCCCCCUCCAUGCUGGACUCGGUGGGCUGACUCAGCGGGUCUAUGAAUCCAACCCCGAAGCUUCUACACUUAGGGAGAAUGACAGCUCUGAGGGCUCAGUGCUUGGAGCCGGAGGUCCGGGGGUCAGAAGGAAGGUUAUCCUCUCUGAUACCCUCGCAGAGGCUUCCUUCUCUCUGCCAGCAAUUCGCUAUGUCAUAGACACAGGCCUUCAACUAAAAAACGUUUACAAUACACAAAUACGAGCUAACUCGCAGGUCGUGAGGACGAUCAGCAAGCACCAGGCCGACAUGAGAACUCAAAGGGUGAACAGCCACCUUCAAGGUCUGUGUCUCCGUCUUUACCCCCGGUCUCUAUAUGAGGAUGGGAUGGAGGAGGCUCAUUGUCCUGGGGUGGUGGAGGAUAACCUCAGCCACUUAGUGCUGUUGCUCAAGAGGCUUGAUAUUGCCGACAUGGGACAGUGCAAGUUCCUGGACAGACCAGCCCCCGAGGCUCUGAUGCAGGCGCUGGAGGACCUGGACUACCUGGCAGCGCUGGAUGAUGAUGGUAACCUGUCAGAGGUGGGCAUCAUAAUGUCGGAGCUGCCACUGGAGCCGCCUCUGGCUAAAGCCCUGAUCGCUGCCUGCGAGUACGACUGUGUUGAUGAGCUGCUCACUAUAGCUGCCAUGCUCACAGCUUCUUCCUGCUUUGUGACAGCCGAACCCAGCAGAGAGGAGGCUGCUGUCUCACAGUGGAGACCUUUGAUGCACGCAGAGGGAGACCACAUGACUCUCAUUAAUAUUUAUAACACCUUCAUAGAGCAUAAUCAGGAUGAGGCGUGGUGCACGACAAACUUCCUCAGUCACACCUCCUUACGAUUGGCUGUGGUGAUCAGGGCGGAGCUACUGGAGGUGAUGCAGCGAAUUGAGCUUCCUGUCUCUCCUCCUGCUUUUGGAUGCCAAGACAACUGCACAAAUAUCAAGCGUGCUCUCAUCUCAGGCUUCUUCCUCAAAGUGGCUCAUGAUGUGGAUGGCUCAGGUAAUUACCUCCUGCUAACUCACCGCCAUGUGGCUCACCUGCAUCCCUUCUCUUCCUACCUGUGUCGGCAGCCGCGUCCCAAUCCCCCCAGCUGGGUCCUGUACCACGAAUUCACCAUCUCCUGCGAUAACUGCAUCCGCAUCGCUUCCGAAGUCCACCCUCAGAUGCUUGUGGAGUUGGCCCCUCAGUACUACCUGGGAAACCUGCCAUCGAGUGACGGCAAAGAGCUGCUGAUGGAGCUGAGGCAGAAUCUGGAUCCCCCGUCAUACGAGCCGGAUGGAGUGUCAAACGAGCACAGCAGGACUCACAGAGACGCAGAGGCGACAGGAGAGACUUACAGUGAGUCCAGCACUGACCUCUGUGUUGUCCAAUGAGACGAAAGAAGAGACACUCAACACACCGCUGUCACUUUAUUGUUUAUCUGAGAUUUGGUACUUUGUAUGAAUUAGACUGAAAUCUCAUUUAAGGUUUAAACGCUUUUGAUGUGUGAUUUCGAAUGGACUCUUACUGGAAAACACUAAUGUACAGUAAUGAAUUGUUAAUAUAUCUUAUAUGCUGUGGCUUUGGAAAAUAUUCAAACCUUUUCUCCUUGUGCUAUGUAUUGACCUAAUUUAAAAUUUUAUUUAGAUUAUCUUUUUUAUUUAUGAGGGAUUUCUGUGUUUCUGUAAUUCUGCAAAAAUAGUCAAAUAAUAGUCUGUUAUCACUUUCUCACUGUGGGAUGUACAGAGCACCAAACAUCGAUUUUAAAUCGUAGCAAAACAAAAAUUGUAAAACGUGAAGUGGAUGAAAUACGUUAUUAAAUCCCUGAAGUGUCAUUUUUUUAAAAACAGUUUGAGAUUUCAGCUAAAAGCAAUAUGCACUGCUACAGUCAACAGAGACGCUGUCAUUGACCUUUGACCUCUAUGCAGAUCCCAUGUACUGAUCUGUGAUGAGAUACUGCAGCAGCUUCUAUUUUACACUUUUUGAUACUGUUUGUAUAAUGUUUGGGUUUCCUGCUUAGAUUCGGCCUUUUUCUCUCCGACUUUCUGUCAAUAAUAAAAAGUCUUUGUGUAAAGUGGAUUCUUAUCAUCCUAUUUAAUAGGAUAUGUCUGUCAAUACAGUCCUUUAAUACUUCAAAUAAAAAUGUGUUUUUUCACGUUUGAAAUAUC